AUGAAAAUGCACAAGCUAACCCUCCUGCUCGCGCUGCUCGCGGCGGCGCUGGCCAUUUCAAGCAGCGACGCCGCGGGCGGCGGCGGGGCCAUCCGGACGCAGCUCACCCGCGCCGACGCCGGCCGCGGCCUGACCCGGCGCCAGCUGCUGCGGCGCAUGGCGCUGCGCAGCAAGGCCCGCGCCGCGCGGUUGCUCUCCCUCUCCGACUCGUCGUCGUCAUCGCCAUCGGCCAGCGCCUCCGCGGUGCCCGGGAAGGACCAGCCCCUCGACACGGAGUACCUGAUCAGCUUCGCCAUCGGCACGCCGCCGCAGCCCGUGCAGGUGACACUCGACACCGGCAGCGACCUCGUGUGGACGCAGUGCCAGCCGUGCCCGUCCUGCUACGCCCAGGCGCUGCCUUACUACGACCCGGACCUCUCCGCCACGUCGGCGGAGCUCACCUGCGACUCCCCACCGUGCCAGCAGCUGGACCUGUCGUCGUGCGGGACCCACAAGUGGGGCAACCGGACCUGCGUCUACACCUACUACUACGGCGACAAGUCGGUGACGAACGGCCGACUCGAUGCGGACACGUUCACGUUCGACGGCUGCGACGCGGCCGUGCCCGGCCUCGCCUUCGGGUGCGGCCUCUUCAACAACGGGCUCUUCAGCUCCAACGCGACCGGCGGCGGCAUCGCCGGCUUCGGCCGCGGCGCACUGUCCCUGCCGUCGCAGCUCAGGGUCGACAACUUCUCCUACUGCUUCACCAACGUCACCGGGUCGACGCCUAGCCCCGUCCUGCUCGGCCUGCCGGCGAACCUCUACGGCGACGCCAGUGGCGCCGCGGUGCAGACCACCCCGCUCAUCCAGAGCUCCGUGAUCCCAACCUUCUACUACCUCUUGAUGAAGGGCAUCACGGUCGGGUCGACGAAGCUGCCGGUGCCGGAGUCCGCGUUCGCGCUGAAGGGCAACGGGAGCGGCGGGACGAUCAUCGACUCCGGCACCUCCGUCACGUUGCUGCCGCCGCUUGUCUACGGGCUCCUCCACGACGUGUUCGUCUCCCAGGUGAACCUGCCCGUGACGAACGACGAGCCUCUGUGCUUCGCGGUGCCGUCGUCGAGGAAGAAGCAGCAGAAGGUGCCGAAGCUGGAGUUGCAGUUUGAGGGCGCGACGCUGGACCUGCCGCGGGAGAACUACGUGUUCGAGAUAGAGGAGGGUGGCCAGAGCAACAUGUGCAUUGCGGUGAUGUCGUCCGGCGGGGACAUGACCAUCAUAGGCAACUAUCAGCAGCAGAACCUGCACGUACUCUACGACCUCGCCGGUAACAAGCUGUCUUUCGUCCCUGCUCGCUGCGACAGGGUUUAG